AUGGGCGGCCGGUUGAGUUUCCUGCGGCGAAAGCGCGCGAAACAGGCGGCGACGGUGCCGGAUGCGGUGCCGACCGUCGUGGAAGCGCCGCCGCCGCCGCCCCCCGAAGUAUUUGAUAGCACGACGUUCUGGGAAGCGUUGAAGGGCAUCCUACGCUUCCGUCUACCACAAGGGUCGGACUUGGUGCCGAUAGACAAGUCGACACUUCAUAUCCACGACGCAACCAAGUUAAGUGACGACGAACUCGACGACGUGAAAGAAGUGAGCAAAGCUCUGGGAGAUCGAUUGACAACGAAGAAGGAGGAUGCGGCGAUGGAGCUCUUCACUUAUGCGCUGUCCCUUCUCGCCAUAGGCAACACCGUAGCGGCAUGCGACGAGUUCGUCAAUGUUAUCGCAACGGACCCAUCUUUUGGACGAGCCUACACGAAUUUAGCGCAUACGUUGCUCUUGGACACGCAGGACGACCCCGCAACGCUGGAGCGCGUCGUGGGGUACUUGGAGAGCGCUUUAAAGUAUGAUGACAUGGAGAUACGCGAAAACACGAUCCUGCUGGCAGAAGUGCAAUCGCUGCUAGGCAACCACGCCGCUGCGUUGGACGUGUACGGUCGCUUGGUGCGUCCUCCAUCACUUGCUCGCCCGCUCUAUGUUGUUGCUUCUUGAUGGUGCUACAAUGAUGCAGACGGACGUGGAGAAAGAGUGGGAAAAUGUGUUUCAUAUGGCAAGGUGCGAGUGGGCUCUGGGGCGAUUCGAUAAGAGCAUUGCGUUGCUGGACACGUUGCAGUUAGAUGCCAACGACGCCAUGGAUCCUUCCAUGUCCAACAAGCGCCUCGUCCUUGCCGACGCGGAGGCGCUGUUCAUGCGACCUCAUGGCGGCGCCGACGUUGCCGCCAGUUGACAUCGUCCAGAUUUUUUUGUUUCCCCCGUAUUUUAAUAAACAGAGCACAACAAAUUUAAAUCCCUAGCAAA